AUGCAGGGGAGUAGACUAGCUAGCAACUCGAAUGUGCCAGGCACCAAAGGCGUCACGCAGGCGCCAUGGUCUCCUACAUUCAGGGUCGCGGAGCCAGUCUCGGGCCAGAGGGUGCUACUCCUCGGUCGCAGAGUGGUACGAUGCUCAUGGCUGUGCUUCCAGAAGGAACAAGGCGCAAAGCUUUCGCUCGUGCACGCGCCAAGUGAUUUCGGAGUCCUCUCCCCACGUGGCGUCGUGCAUUGCUUCUUGCUGAGUUCUUGUGAGCGGAACGGAGGAUCGGCUGUGCCCCGGGGAGCGGAAAGUUGCUCCACCUGCGCCUUGGCUGCCAAUGCGGAGAGUCUCAUCACCACUCCUUCUUCAUCUGAACAAGACCUCACCCAUUCUCAUCCUUUAGACAUGUCUGCACCACCUCUCAGUAGCGACCACAGCAGCGGCAACGCCAACAACAACCACCAUGACCUCGACCGAGUCACCUCGCCAGCCAUCGAUGAGGCACCACCUCCGGGCUACGAUGCAGCCACUGCUGCUGGCUCCUCGGCCGUGAGAAGAGAGCAGCGACAGGCCAACAUGCAAGCCGAGCAAGGUGGAAGCGCACCUGAUCGAUCCAGCGAUGUGGGCAGGGAUGAAAGACCGCUGCCUGAAGGAUGGAUCAAGUUGUGGAACUCUCUCUACCAACACUUCUACUACGUUGACACAAGCGCCCAGCCUCCCCGCUCCAUCUGGACACAUCCCCUGGACGAUGCUGCCUUCCUCAAAGCCAACCCCCAAUUCCAGGACAUGGCUCGUGGAGCCCGCGGUCGUCCCAGCGAAGAAGACGGGGGUAUGAGUGAUGCACCUGCUGCUCCCAGCUUUGCUCCUCCUGCGCAUGCGCCCCCGCCGCAGAUCAAUUCGUCGCAUCACAAGUCUUCGGGCAUGACAAGACAGCAGAGAAUCAAGGCUGCUGGGGACAAAGCGGCUGAAGAAGCUAGGAACGAGCCUGAGGCGACAGGACUCAAGAAGAUCAGUCGGCACAUCAAGGAGAACACCACUGGGAAAGAUCGCGUUGCCCGUCGUCGCGAAGCAGCAGAAAAGGCUGAAGCGCAGAAGAUUGUUCGUGAGGAGCGAAGGGCAGCUGCUCAGGCUUUUAUCAGAGCGGCGCAGACUGGCCAGCCUCAACUGGUGGGAACAGACGAGAGGAACGGGACAGUGUACUAUGCGGAGCCUCCUGCGCCUGGCGUUCCGGUACAGAUGGUCCUCAACUCAUUCCCUCCCCCGUACGGCUUUGAGAGUCGAAAGGAAGGAAACACGACGUAUAUGAGACCUGCUGCGCCGCCGAUGUAUGCUCAGCGAGGCAUGUAUGGUGGAGGGUACGGUGGGUAUGGGAUGGGAAUGCCACUCAUGGGAGGUAUGUUGGGUGGAGCCCUGCUCGGCGGGAUGCUCUUCUGA